AAUUAAUUAAAUUAUUUAAUUUUCGGAACAUCAAAAUUUCCAAAAUGAUAUAUUUAUACAAUUGAAAAUGACUGAACCAUUAUCAAUAAUCUGGCACACUCAUGGCGAUUUUAUAAUUCGUGAUAUUGACCCAAAAUGGCAUAACCGUGUUUGCAAUUAUUUGGUAGAAAACUAUGUGAAACCACGUACUAAGUUCCUUAGUCUUAUAGAUGAAUAUUUGCCGGUUAACGAGGAGGAAUACCGGAUGUUUGCAAAACAUAUCCUUCAAAAUGAAUGCAGCAUUGUUGUGAUGAAUGAAGAUAAGGAAAUAUUUGGAGUGGCUCUUUUAAUGUGGAUGACAAAGAUAUGGAGAACUUGGACAGCUAUUCGUCUUAAAUGCAAUCACCGUAGAUCAAAUUAUUUGGUACAAUUAUGUCAGGGGAUGGUGUAUGAACAUGCAGAGAACUUUAAUGGAUCCACCCAUGAUAGCUUAAACGUGUUUCAUUAUUGUCUUAAUGAUCAACUAAGGGAAGAUAAACUCUUCAUGUGUAAGUGGUUUUCAAGCAUUAUUAAAGUUGCUCGUCAUAUGAAAAUGCCUAAAAUAACUUAUAUUGCGUUAUCGGUUGCAGACCAAAGAGAGGCAAAGGCAGCUGGAUUUAAGGAGGCAUCUAGAUGUGUUUACUCACUUUUUAAAUACAAGGGCAUGCGUCCUUUUGCUCGUUUGCGUGAAAUUGAUGAAAAUUUUGCUGUAUUAUACAUGUGCUAUGUGGAAUCUUUAGUUCCAUAUUAUAAAAUGACUGUAUUUGAACCACAAGAACUUGAGCUACCAGCAUAUUUUGCCGCUUUUGAAACAAAGUAAAUAACAUUGCGUCAGUAAGCAAAUUUCUGGUAGAUUAAAUUUAAAAGUAAUAUACAAUAAUAAUAUAUCUUAGA